UAUGUGUACUCUAUACUUUUAUACACCAAUAUGGCAACUAUCAGAUUUUACUUUGUUUUAUCUAUCUGCGUUUUGGCGUUUGCUAAUGAUGUAUUCCAGGAAAAAGACUUGGUACAUUUUCGAGACCCUCGAGAUAAUUCGACUGACUACUAUAUGUUUGUGACGCAAGAUGGAGUAAAUCCAGAGUCGAAUCCUAACUCAAGUGUGAUUGAAAUUCUAAAACCAAGGACAACAGACUACAAUAAAAUAUACGAUAUGAUACUUACCGUUGAACUUUCGCCCAAGUACAAAGGAAGAUAUAUUGUUGGAGUAGUAGGAGAUGAAAUGUUACCAUUGCCAAUGGAUUAG